AGAAACCUGAACGAUGGAUAUACUACACAAUAAAUACACCUCUUCGACACCGCUACUCUUCCUGAACACCUUCACAACCGCAUAGCCUCCCAUCAGCGCUUCCACAAACCUCACGAUGACUGCCGCAUCCUUCCUCACUGGCGUCGCUGGCGUCAUCGCUGCUAUUGGCCUCGCACUUUUCCUCUUCGGCAUCCCACCAGAGCUCAAGCGCAAGAUGGAGCGCGCAGCACUCAAGACCAUGGGCGAGAAUAAGCUCUCCUACCUCGCCAAGGGUCAAAUCGACAAGAUCCCCACCUCCAACCAGACCGACCCUCUUCAGCUGAAGAAGGGUGUCUCCAACUUCGCUGGUGGCGCUUCCCAGAACCCAUUGGGCGAAGCAGCAGGCGAGGCUGCAGACAGCCUUACAAGCCCGUUCACCGGUCGCUAAUGUGUGCGUGUCUGUAGUGCGAGUCGCAAGCAACGUAUAGGACAACGUGCAGGCGAAUGCAAGCUCGGCACGAGACACGGUGCAGGCCUACUCGGACAACGCGUUGAAGCGAGUGAAGGCCUUCGACGGGCUCAGGACUACCGGACAGGU